AUGCAUCGUACUCUGAACGUUCUUUUUGCCGUAUUCGGUGUUGCAUCUGCAUCAAUCCAGGCUUUUGAGAACACCGUUGGCCAUCUCGACAAACGCUCCGCCCGUAAGUCCGUUCUUGAAACAGAUCAUCUGACUACAGAGCACACGGUACUAACACGCUCUGAAGGUGGCUAUGCUCCAACGCUCGAGAUACAAAACCCAGUCCUCACUUCAAAAUGGUUUGAGGACAGCGACUUUGUACAAGUCCUGGAAUUGGGUAUAUACAACUCUCAUUCCACCAAUUACCUAACCUUGGCGGACACUCUCAAUGUCACUCUCACUUCGGAUAGCUUGGAGCUUGUACAAGCUGCUACGCUCACCCGCUUGGCCCCAAGCCAAGCUGCUAUUGUUCAGAUUGGUGUCAAGAAUAAACCAGGAGUUACUCGCGGUUCUCAAUGCUCAGGCUCUGUUGUAGCUACAUACGGGCAGGCUUACGGUGCAAAAAGCACCACGAAGGCGUUUACGGGAACCUGCGGCAUCCCAGACUAUCAAGCCAAUGAAAACAGUAUUGACUUUCACUGGUCUCCAGAAUGGUACAACAAUGCCAAGUUUGGAAUAUUUAUUCACUGGGGAAUUUACUCUGUUCCUGCAUAUGGUUCUGUCCAGCCAAACGAAGACUACGCGGAAUGGUAUGGGUGUCGUAUGCAUGAUCCUAACUACAGAACGAAGACAUACCAGUACCAUGAGGCGACCUACGGCAAGAACUUCAAUUAUGAUCAGUUCAUGUCCAACUUCUCGGAUGCUGGCUAUGAUCCAAAGGAGUGGGUCGAUCUCUUCGCGGCAGCUGGUGCUCGCUACAUGGUUCCUGUGACGAAACAUCACGAAGGCUUCGCGCUCUUCGACACGUCGGAUAAAAUUAGCAAGCGGUCGUCUAUGCAUUACGGUCCAAAGCGAGAUCUGACUGGUGCUCUUUUGGACGCUGCAGCCCAGUACCAACCACACAUUCGACGCGGCACUUAUUUCAGCAUGCCUGAAUGGUUCAACCCAGCUUACUAUCAGUAUAGAAACUCAGAUUCCACUUGGGGCGGCGGCUGCUUCGGCGCCAACGACACUAACCCAUACACUGGUGCAACUGUCGAGUACACCGGGUACGUCCCAGUCGAUGACUUUGUCAAAGACAUCCAGUUGCCUCAGAUGAAGGAACUAGCGUAUAACUACAAUACGGAGAUAAUGUGGUGCGAUAUCGGUGGUCCGAAUAAUUCAACUAUUUUUGUUUCCGAGUGGUUGAACUGGGCGCGUACACAAGGACGACAAAUCACUUUUAAUUCUCGCUGCGGCCUCAACGGAGACUUUAGUACACCUGAAUACCGGACAAAUGGCGAUACCGUAGUGGCCAAGUGGGAGACCAACCGCGGCAUGGAUCCCUUUUCCUUCGGUUACAACUAUCAGACGCCUGAUGAUCAAUACCUCAACGGCAAUGACAUUGUCCAGACUCUAGUUGACACGGUCAGCAAAAAUGGCAAUUUCUUGCUUGAUAUCGGUCCAACACACAAUGGCAGCAUCCCUCAGAUCAUGCAGAACGGUCUGAAAGACGCCGGCAGCUGGAUUAUCCCCCACGGCGAGGCUAUUUACGACACACGCUUCUGGAGCCCAACCCCUGGAACCGGAAAUCUUCGCUACACUACGACCAAGGACGCUUUCUACAUCUUUUGCCUCACUAAGCCGUCCUCGACGCUCACUAUCUCGGACCCUGUCCCCUGGUUGCCAGGAGAUACCAUCACUGCCCUCGGCGGAACGGCGAAUGGUACUGUCAUCCCAACGCAACGUACCUCGUCUGGAUUGGUCCUGCAAAUCCCUGAUGAAGCAAUCAAUGGCGAUAAGUAUGUAUGGUGCUUCAAGCUUUCUUAUACUAGUACUUGGUAG